CUAGGGUUCUUGGAUUGAUCGGCAAUGGAGGACGAGGAGGAGCUGGAGCGCGCCGAUGCCGACGACGAAUGCGACGACGACGACGACGCCGCUGACGAUUCCUCCUCGGCGCAGGAGGCGAUCGAUGACGAGGACGAAGAGCCGCGCCUCAAGUACAAGCGCCUGGGAGGUAGUGUUCCCUCUCUUCUCUCCAGCGACACGGCCUCGUGCAUCAGCGUCGCCGAGCGGAUGAUCGCGCUGGGGACGCACGGCGGCAGGGUGCAUUUGCUGGAUUACCAGGGAAACCAGGUGAAGGAAUUCGCUGCUCACACUGCCACUGUGAACGAGCUGAGCUUCGAUAGCGCUGGAGAAUUCGUGGGGAGCUGCAGUGACGAUGGAUCCGUGGUGGUGAGCAGCCUGUAUACCGACAGUCACGAGAAGUUCCACUACCACCGGCCGAUGAAGGCCGUCGCGCUGGAUCCAGACUACUGCAAAACAAAUCGUUUUGCUGGCGGGGGACUGGCAGGGCAUCUCAUACUCAACAGCAAAGGCUGGUUUGGUCCCAAAGAUCAGGUGUUGCACUCGGGAGAGGGUCCCAUCCAUGCUGUCAAAUGGAGAACGAGCCUUAUCGCGUGGGCGAAUGACGAGGGUGUCAAACUGUUCGAUACAGCCUCACAGCAGCGCCUUACUUUUAUUGAGAAGCCGAAGAACAGUCCAGACGCCGAGUACUUGCGUCCGCAUCUAGUUUGGCAGGAUGAUGUUCACCUGUUAGUCGGCUGGGGAAAUUGCAUCAAGAUUGCUGCCCUCAGAGUGAGGGGAGCUGACCUUCCUGGAGGCCUCAACUCCGAAACAUUCUCUUUUGGGAAAAGGUUCAACCUUCUGCCGGGGACGAAGUAUGUCGAGAUUGUAUCAGUUUUGCAAACUGAAUACUUUAUUUGCGGCCUGGCUCCGUAUGGAGGCGCUCUCGUGGUCCUUGCUUACAUCGAGAGGGAGGGCAGCAAAACGGAAUCGGCAACGGGCUACUCUCCGAAACAGACAGGACAUGCCCAACGGCCUGAAGUAUGCAUCUUGAACUGGAAAAACGAAGAACUGGCAACAGAUGCGCUCUCUAUGCAUGGUUAUGAACACUACAAGGCUAAGGAUUACGAGCUUGCUCACGCUCCAUUCUCUGGAAGUAGCACCGCUGGUGGCCAGUGGGCCGCUGGGUACGAGCCUUUGUACUACAUUGUGUCUCCAAAGGACGUGGUUGUUGCUCGACAAAGGGAUGCGGACGACCAUGUUCAAUGGCUUCUCAAGCAUGGGUGGCACGAGAAAGCACUGGAAGCUGUAGAAGCUGGAAAUGCUCGUGUCGAGCUUCUGGACGAGGUUGGUGCGCAAUACUUAGAUCACUUGAUCCUGGGGAGGGAGUACGCGCUGGCAGCUUCUUUAUGUCCAAAGAUCUUGCGUGGUAGUGUUGAGGCUUGGGAAAGGCGGGUAUUUCAUUUCGGCCAAUUGAGACAGUUGCACGUCCUGGCCCCAUACAUACCAGUUGUCAAUCCGCAGCUUCGCGAUACUGUAUAUGAGGUUGUCCUUGAUCGGUUGCUUGUAAAUCCGGCGCACCAUGAGCAGUUCUUGGAGCUAGUUCGAAGCUGGCCCCAACACAUUUAUUCUGUACCCACCAUUAUAUCUGCCGCUGAGAUACAAUGCAGUACCGGCGGAAAAACUCCUUUCUUACUCGAGGCGCUUGCGAUUCUUUACCUUUCUCAGAGGCAGCUUGAAAACGUGCUGAACCUAUAUCUCGAGCUGCAAAAGCCCGCAGCGUUUGACAUUAUCGAGGAGCACCAUCUUUAUGAUGCUCUUCAUGGCAAUAUUGCCCUUCUAAUGAAGCUGGAUUCGAAAAGAGCCAUUGACUUACUUGUUCAGCAAAGGGACCGAAUUAGUGCGAGCGAGGUGGUUUCCUCUUUAGAGAACCUGCCUCAGGAACAGAGCCGCCGGCGUCUUUUACACGACUAUUUGCAUACUCUGUUCGAACGAGACACAAAUGCUGGAAGAAAGUAUCAUGAUUUACAGGUGGAAUUGUAUGCUGAAUUUGAACCACGGCUAUUGCUGCCUUUCUUGCGUAGCAGUCAGUACUACAGUCUUAAUAAGGCGUACGACGUUUGCACAAGGUUAAAUCUUGCAAGGGAAAAAGUUUAUCUACUGGGGCAAAUGGGAAAUGCGAAGGAAGCUUUAGCUCUGAUUAUCAAUGAACUUAAGAGCAUGCAAGCUGCUGUGGAGUUUGUGACAUCUCGCAACGAUGAUGAUUUAUGGAACGAGCUUAUCAACCAGAGCUUGCACAAUCCAGAUAUGAUUGGCGCGCUUUUGGAUCAUACCGUGGGAAAUAUUGAUCCCAUGCAAGUCAUAAACAGAAUUCCCAAAGACAUGCCAGUGCCACGUUUGAGAGACAGGCUCGUGAAGGUGAUCACAGAUUACAAGACGGAGACAUCGCUCAGGGGCGGUUGCAAUAACAUUCUCAAGGCCGAUCGUCGCGAUCUACAACUGAAGCGCUACAGCUCCUCCAGGACGGCAGUGGUUGCCGGCAAGAGCCCGUGCUGUAUAUGCUCGGACCUCCUGGCAAGUCAGAGAGUGGCAGUGGUAACCUUCUUCUGCGGCCACUUUUACCACGUUACGUGCCUCCAGGACUCAUCAGUGGCUACGAGUCCUGGCCGAUCACCGGGCAGCGACGAGGAGCAAAGCGAGCGGUGCAUCCUUUGCACUGAAGGAAGCCACAAGAAGCAGCAGCAGCAGCAAAGCAACAAGCCGCAGGCGGCGAACGGCAGCGCGACCAGUAUUACCAGUACUCCAAACGCAAACUUCCUUGGGUGAAAGAGUUCUAAAAAGAGAGAUGGAAGAAGAGUACAGAGCUGCCGAAGGAAAGAUAAGAAGAGUACCGCCGCUGUAUCAUCGAUUACAAUAAACAAGGGAGGACGACGUCUCAUUUGUUUUAUGGGAACUUUUGGGGAUGCUCAUUUGUGGCUUAAAAGACGGGCAUGUGAUGCGCUACCAGAAAGCGAAAGGAAUCUCAAAUGCUUGCUUGCUCUUUUUUAACUUGAAAAGGUGGCGCUGAUCUUUCAAA